AUGUCUGAGCACAACUACGAUGACGAUGAGGCUUUCCUCUUGGAGCCUGACAGUGAUUUGUCGGCUGACAACGUCGACACGGACUCCGCUUUGGGCGAUGGCAUGUCGGUUUUCUCGUCUACGGCGUCUCUUCGGUCAAGUCUCAUCAACCACCGCGAUGAAAAUGGUCGCAAGUACCAUGCCUUCAAGGACGGCAAAUACCUUUUGCCCACUGACGAUGAGGAGCUGGAACGCCAGGAGUAUCAGUACGCCCUGUGCCUCUACACGUUUGGAGCGCUGUCCUUUGCCCCCCUCACCAAGGUCAACAGAGUCCUCGAUGCCGGCUGCGGGCCUGGCCACUGGGUCAUUGAUUUUGCCGACUGCCACCCUGAAGCGCAUGUCAUCGGAGUCGACUUGUCCCCUGUCCAGCGAUACACCCCGUCCAAUGCGUCGUUUGAAAUCGACGACUUGGAGGAGCAGUGGACGUUUUCGUACAAGUUUGACUACAUCCACUCCUUGAUGAUGACCGGCGCCUUUCGUGACUGGCCAGGCUUCUACAGGCAGGCAUUUGAAUUCCUCAACACGGGUGGCUGGCUCGAAAUCCAGGACAUUGACUUCCCCCUUCGCUGCGCCGACGGAUCGCUGCCGCCCGGCAGCGCCCUGCAAAAGUGGACGGACGUCAUGAUGGAGGCCAGCGGGAAGGCCGGGUUCUUGCUCAACACGUGCGGCAAGGCGGCCGACUUUAUGCGCGAGGCCGGGUUCGUGGACAUUGUGCGCGUGCCGUACAAGUGGCCGAUUGGGCGGUGGCCCAAGAACGAGCGCAUGAAGGAGCUCGGCGGGCUCGUGCGCGAGAACUUUGUCGGCGGCGUCGAGUCGAUGAGCCUGGCGCUGUGCACGCGGUUCCUGGGCUGGAGCCUGGACGACGUCAAGACGUUUGCGGCGGAGGUGCGGCACGACAUGAGCAACUCGAGCUACCACACGUACUUUGACCUGUACGUGACCUACGGGCGGAAGCCUUAG